AUGUCGCAGUCAGAAACAACACAUUCGACCAUCUCCCACAGGGCACAGAGUGCCCUCGUAGCAGGAUCAAAGAACCUGAUGUGGGACGUGAUGAACGAUCUAUGGUGUGAAAAGACCAAUCCAAAUGGAUAUGUGAAUGUGGGUGUUGCGGAGAAUGUCCUGAUGCAUGAUCACCUGUUGAGUUUCAUCAACCGGCAACUCGACCUGCCUGCCAAAUUACUCACGUAUAAUGAUGGACCUACUGGGUCAGGGAGAGUAAAACGUGCUGUGUCCGCUUUUAUCAACCGACACUUUCGCCCCUUGCAUGCGGUGGACGCCAGUCAUCUGUUCAUUACCAACGGCGUUUCAUCGGCAAUCGAGCAUGUGUCUUGGGCGAUAACGGAACCUGGCGAGGCAAUUCUUCUGGGAAGACCGUACUAUGGGACGUUUAUACCGGAUAUUUCACUACGACCUGGAGCAACAGUUGUCCCCGUGAAUUUUGAUGACUGUGAUCCGUUCAGUUUGGAGGCAGUCCAAAAGUAUGAACAAGCACUAUUGAGCUUCCAAGAAACGACAGGACGGAAAGUAAAGGGGUUGGCACUCUGUCAUCCUCACAAUCCACUAGGACGAUGCUACCCCAGACACGUGCUAGUGAAGUUGAUGGAACUCUGCCAGAGAUACCAGAUGCACUUCAUUAGUGAUGAGAUAUAUGCGUUGUCCGUCUGGAAGAACACCGUCGACGAGAGUCCUACGCCUGUGGACUUUGAAUCUGCCCUCUCACUCGACUUGACAGGCAUUAUUGAUCCCCAGCUUGUUCAUGUCCUCUGGGGCGUGAGCAAGGACUUUGGUGCCAAUGGUCUCCGACUGGGCGUUAUCAUCUCACAAGCCAAUCGUGAUAUGCUGGCUGCAUUAAGGAAUGUUGGCCUAUAUUCUUAUGUAUCGGGGGUGUCGGAGCACCUGGUAGCUCUCCUGCUCGAAGACGUCGAUUUCACGGAUGAAUAUAUCCGGUUGAACCGCGAGAAGCUCUCAGAGAAUUAUGCGUUCGUUGUGCAGCAGCUCAAGAGCAAUGGUAUUGAAUAUUCGACUGGAGCCAACGCUGCAUUCUUCAUUUGGAUGAACCUCGGGAAGAAGUAUCGCGAACUACACCCUGAAAUCAAGGAUGAUGAAGAUGUUAGUGAAACGGUCAUGGGACUCUUACUACAGAAGAAAGUCUUCUUAGCUAGCGGCUCGUUGUUCGGCUCGGAGCGUGGUGGAUGGUAUAGAAUAGUCUUCUCGCAGCCUCAAGAAUACCUGAGCGAGGCUGUACGCAGAAUCAUGGCCGCGCUUGAGGUUUAG